AUGCUAAAAUUUGGGAAGCUCCAAACUUUAUCAACUGCAACAUUCUCUGAUUUGCCAAUUGAAACACUGACCAAAGUCAUUGGAGAGUUGAAUCUAUUCAAUAGAUUGUCUAUCCGAAAAGUGUCAUCAUGUCUACGAUCUAUCGUUGAUCAUCAAACGUCUCGUUGCCACUUCAUUGGAAUAGAGUUCUUUAAAAGUUCUCUAGAAUUGCGUAUUAAUAACUGCAAGUUUCAAUACGUGAAGGCUGGAAACAAGUGCAAGAUAUCUCAAUUACAAAAUCGGAAAUGUAUCCGAACUUUAACUGGGAAACCGAUCAAUAUCGUGGCGAAUGACUUACGAUCAAUCAUCAUCCAACCGAAACUUAUUUUUGAAAAAUUCUAUUUCGAUUGUGUCCGUGAGAGCAUCAUUGAUGAACAUCUGAUGUUUCGAAUAAUGGACAGUUUUCCGGUAUUCAAAAUUCAUGCCGAACGUUUGGUGCUUCUCGUCCGUGAUUUAGAUACAUCAUUAGACGUUGUUUCUCGAUUCGAAUCAGGAACUCUUCAUUCUCUUUAUCUUCAGAGCGGAUCGGAAUACAUUGCACAGUCUACGAAAUUAAUUGAGCAUUUAUCUAAUACGGAUCAAUGGAAAUUGGCUACAUACAUCAAUCUUAUUACGUUUCAACCUAUUCGUGCAGCUGACUUAAAAUGGUUUUAUCAUCUCAAAGUAUUUCUAGUCAAUUUGGCUUCGCUCAGUGGAAAAGAGAUUCAAGGCCUAUUUGAUGUGGUCUCAAAGAAUUCCUCUUUUGAAACCUGCACUUUGAAAAUGAGCAGUCAGACGUCCCAACAUGAAUUGUUGAAGUAUUUGCCACCCGAUGAGAACGUUUCCGAGUAUUACUAUCAGUAUCCUUCCUCGAAUCCACAAGAAUGCAUCGAAUUACAUUUUAUCAAGAAGAAGAUUUUUAUAAGAAGAAUGCCAAGAUCUUGA